GGCCCUCGCCGUGCUGGUUCUAGAGGACUACUUCGUGCUCGCCAACCGCGGCGCUUCUAGGGCCGUGAUCUACCGCGGCUCUGAGGCUGUGCCGCUCACCCCUGAGCACACGCCUAUGCCACAAAAUGCAGGAGGUGAUGUGGUUGGAUCUACCAGCAGAGUUGAAGACGUUAUGCCUCCUCACGCUUUUUUUGGUAGCUCAAAGAUUAUGGCUACUGCCCCAGAACCUGAGGUCGUCGCAGUGAAGCGGAAGCCACGGGACAAGUUCCUGAUCCUGGCCACCCGCGGGCUGUGGGACUUCGUCACUCCAGGCGACGCGUGCGCCUUCAUCGAGAAAAGAUUGAGCGAGUACGUGCCGCAGAUCAUCAUGUCGUCAGGCAAGAAGCCAACAAACAGCAGCGGCCCUCCCUGUGCCAACAUACUCGCCAAUGAGUUGGCCGCACAUGCGAUCAGCAAGGGCACCAAGCACAACGUGAACAUCGUCGUCAUACUGCUCAAGAAUUUCUGGGACCAGAGUUUUCCCUCAACUUGUAAGAAGUGAUUUUGGUUUUCCAUGCUCGUAGUCGGUCUUAUCAUUCUGCAAUUGUGGUAUGAAAACUUUCUUGCUGUCUUAAUGAUUGCUAAGGCGGACUUUGGAAUAAGUUUGUUGUGAUUUCUCUUGUAGCUAUUUCAAGAUGGAUCAUUGUUAAGACAACCUAUGUCUUACUAUUUAAGAGACAAUAUUCUACCAAAGAAUUGAAGUAUUUGGUUUUUAAUUUCUUGUGAUUUUGGACUGAUA